UUGAAUAAUUUAAUUUAAUAUGAAUUAAGAAUUUGAUCAUUUAUAUAAAAAUUUCGAUAUUCCACAUGGCAAUAAUGGUGGACACUAUUUAGAAAUGGGAUGUUGUCAAUCAACAACUGGUGAACAAUUACGAAAUAAUAAUUGUCAAGAAUCGAUAACCAAAGAACAAUCGAUCAAUAGCCAAGAAGAAAUUAGCCAUAAAUCGGAAACAGAUCAUCAACAUUCACCAGCAAUGACAAAAAAUAAUGCUGAUGUUUAUAUGCCAAAAUUACCUAGUGCAUUAAGAAUACCAGCAAUCAGGAUUGAUUAUAGAAAACUUAAAGCCAAUAUGGAACAAGAGGCAAUAUUCCGUAAAGCAGCAGCAAGAAUUGGACAUUUAAGUAAAAUAUUUGAUGAUGAUGAUAUUAAUAACAAUGAUAAUGAUGAUCGAAAAAAAUUAACAUUAAAAAGUAGUCAAGAUAUCAAGUCAAUCAUACCAUCAUCGUAUAGAAAAAAUUCUUCAUCAUCGUCAUCAUCAUCAUCAUCAUCAACAUCAUCAUCAACAUCAUCAACAUCAUCAGUAUCAUCAGAUAUUAAUUACGCAUAUACAAGAUCACAAUUAUUGAAAUCGGUAGUUGAUUCUAUAAACAGUAGUAAAAGCAAUUCAUCAAAGAUAUUAUCCACCACCAAUGAUUCACAGAAAAUUGAUCGAUCUAAAUCUGAUUCAAGUAUUUGA